AUGAACGGAGCACCACCUCCACCACCGCCUCCAGGUUUUCCUGGAAAUGGUCCAAAUAUUAAUAUUUCUUCGAAGGAUACUAAAGCUAGAAAGAUUGGAACAGGUACGGAGAACCAGUUUCUAUCCCAACCGCCUCCACCACCACUAACAGGACUUCCUGGUGCUCAUUCACUUCCACCUCCUCCGCCCCCUCCCCCGGGAUUAUCACCAGGAAUAGAUAUUGCAUCAUCUAAUAGUAAUCACAAAUUCAAUCUGCCCCCUCCCCCUCCACCACCUCCACCACCACCAACAGAACCUCAGAACUUGCAGAAUGAUGAUUUGAACCACGAUCCAAGUUCAAACAGGCCUAAAAAAAUGAAAAAGAGGGGUAACAAUAAAGUCUCAAAGGCUUCUGGGUUAGUGCACUCACAUAAGAUUGAAAUGCCUCCUGAACAUCUUAGGAAAAUAAUAAAUGAUCAUAUGGAUAUGACCUCGUCGAGGUUCAACUCUGAUAAACGUGCGCACUUAAAUGCUCUAAGAUAUUUACCGCACGCGAUCUUGAAGUUAUUGGAAAACAUGCCUCAACCAUGGGAACAAGCUAAAGAGGUUAAAGUACUUUAUCAUACAUCAGGUGCCAUAACAUUUGUUAAUGAGAUACCCAGAGUAAUCGAACCAGUUUACAUUGCGCAAUGGUCCACAAUAUGGAUAGCCAUGAGAAGAGAAAAGAGAGAUAGACAACAUUUUAAAAGAAUGAGGUUUCCUCCGUUUGAUGAUGAUGAGCCACCUUUGCAUUACUCUGAUAAUAUCGAAGAACUAGAGCCACCAGAAGCAAUUAAUCUAGAACUAGACAGCAAUGACGAUGAAACGGUCAAAGAUUGGCUAUAUGAUACUCGUCCUUUAGAAAACAACUCCUCUCUAGUAAAUGGUACAUCAUAUAAACACUGGAAGUUAAGCAAUGAAGUUAUAUGCAACUUAUAUCGACUCGCUGCCCCCCUUAUUGAAGCAACUGAUCUUGAUAGAAAUUCUCAGUACUUAUUUGAUAAAAGGUCAUUCUUCACAGCAAAAGCUUUGAACAACAGUCUUCCCGGCGGCCCUAAAUUUGAACCUUUGUACCCUAGAGAAGAAGAAGAAGACUACAAUGAAUUCAAUUCAAUUGACAAUAUUAUAUUCCGUAUACCGAUAAGAACCGAAUAUCAAAUAGCAUAUCCUCACAUCUAUGCUUUUAGGCCUAGGUCGGUAUCUACUCUAUGGUACCACGAUCCUCUUUCCUGUUUGAUUAAAAACGAGGAUAGUGAGUCGUUACCGGUAUUUUUCUUUCAUCAGUCACUCAACCCAAUUGUAACAGAGACAAUUCGCCAUUCUCUAACAGAAGCAGAAAGGAAUAAGAAUAUACAAUUCAGAAUCCCGAUUGAUAUCAUGCCUUUAAUGGAUGAAGAAGAGCUUGUCCUACCAACAACUAAGGAUGCAAUGGCAAUCUACAAUGCGUCACACCCUUAUAACAAAAAGUCAGGUAAAAUGGUUAGGGCUCAAGAUGUUGCUUUAAUCAAAAAAUGGUAUAUGCAACACCCAGAGGAAGAUUAUCCAAAUAAGGUGAAAAGUUCUUACCAGAGAUUGUUGAAGAAUUAUGUUUCUAACGAACUCCACAAGGACAAACAUGUACCGCAGAAGAAAAUUAAAUUGCUUAAGAGUUUAGGAAAUACAAAAUACUUUCAACAAACUUCUAUCGAUUGGGUAGAAGCCGGUAUACAACUCUGCAGGCAAGGCCACAAUAUGCUUAAUCUUCUAAUUCAUAAAAAAGGUCUUACUUAUUUGCAUCUUGAUUACAACUUCAAUCUCAAACCUACCAAAACAUUAACAACCAAGGAGAGAAAAAAGGCUAGAUUUGGUAAUGCUUUCCAUCUAAUCAGAGAAAUCUUAAAAAUAAUAAAACUUCUAGUUGAUGCACAUGUUCAAUAUAGAAUUGGGAAUGUUGAUGCGUUUCAACUUGCGGAUGGCUUGUAUUACAUUUUAAAUCAUACAGGUCAGUUAACAGGUAUCUACAGAUACAAGUAUAAAGUAAUGCACCAAAUUCGUACCUGUAAAGACUUGAAACACGUCGUUUAUUAUAGAUUCAACAAAAUUAUCGGAAAAGGCCCUGGAUGUGGGUUUUGGCAACCUGCUUGGAGAGUAUGGAUAUUCUUUUUAAGAGGAAUAAUACCGAUACUGGAGAGAUGGUUAGGAAAUCUUCUAACUCGUCAAUUUGAAGGCAGAUCCACAGAUGUCGUCAAGACGAGUACCAAACAAAGGCUCGAUGCAUAUUAUGACCUCGAAUUGAGAGCCUCGGUCAUGAAUGACAUCUUAGAUAUGAUACCAGACGGUAUUAAACAAAACAAGGCUAGGACAAUUUUACAGCAUCUUUCCGAAGCAUGGAGGUGUUGGAAAGCAAAUAUUCCUUGGGAUGUUCCCGGAAUGCCCGAACCUAUAAAGAAUAUCAUUGAACGAUAUGUAAAGGCAAAGGCGGAUGGAUGGAUUUCUCAAGCUCAUUACAAUCGUGAGAGGAUAAAAAGUGGCACACAUAUCGAGAAAACUGUUCUAAAGAAAAAUUUAGGCAGACUUACGAGGUUGUGGAUAAAACACGAACAAGAUAGACAAAAGGAAAUAGAAAAAGCAGGCCCAGAGGUCACUCCUACAGAGGCAAGUGCAAUAUUUUCUGCCAUGGUUGAUUGGUUAGAUGCUAGAAACUUUUCUGCCAUUCCUUUUCCUCCUUUAACUUACAAGAACGAUACAAAAAUUUUGGUCUUAGCUCUUGAAAAUCUAAAAGAACAAUACGUCUCUAAAGUGAGACUAAAUGCCCAAGAGCGUGAGGAGUUAGCUCUUAUCGAAGAAGCAUAUGACAAUCCACAUGAUACAUUAAACAGAGUCAAAAAACUCCUACUUACCCAGAGGCUAUUCAAACCGGUACAGAUAUCUAUGAUGGAUCAUUACCAACACAUUUCACCAGUUUACAAUAUUGAUCCUUUGGAGAAAAUUACUGAUGCAUAUUUGGAUCAGUAUUUAUGGUAUGAAGCUGACAGAAGACAACUAUUUCCUAAUUGGAUUAAACCUAGUGACUCAGAAAUACCACCACUUCUUGUAUACAAGUGGUGCCAAGGAAUAAAUAACCUGGAUGAAGUGUGGGAUAUAAACAAUGGCCAAUCUACUGUUUUAUUCCAAACAACUUUACAACAAUUCUCAGAGAAAAUGGAUCUAACUUUGGUGAACAGGCUUCUCAGAUUAGUAGUUGAUCCAACAAUAGCUGAUUACAUCACUGCAAAGAAUAACGUUAAUAUAGUAUUCAAAGAUAUGAACCAUAUAAACAAAUAUGGUUUAAUAAGGGGUUUGCAGUUUGCCCCAUUUGUUUAUCAAUUUUAUGGAUUAAUGAUUGACAUUCUAAUUCUAGGACAUGAAAGAGCCCACGAAUUGGCAGGGAGUCCUUCAGAGCCCAGUGAGUUCCUACAGUUCGGGGACAAAGGAAUAGAGAAGAAAAAUCCUAUCAGGCUAUACUCUCGUUAUUUGGACAAGAUACAUAUUUUAUUCCACUUUGAAGAAUCAGAGUCUAAUGAACUAAUUCAAGAUUACCUAAUGGAGAAUCCAGAUCCAAACUUUGAAAAUGCAGUAGGCUAUAACAACAAAAAAUGUUGGCCCCGAGACGCUAGAAUGAGGAUGAUAAGACAUGAUGUAAACUUAGGUCGUGCUGUUUUCUGGGAAAUUUCAUCAAGGGUUCCAAAAUCGUUGGUUAACAUUACUUGGGAGAAUUCGUUUUCUUCUGUUUAUAGUAAAAACAAUCCAAACUUGUUGUUUACCAUGUGUGGUUUUGAAGUCCGUAUAAUACCGAAAUCAAGACUGGACGAUGUCAUUUCUCAUGAUGAAGGUGUUUGGGACUUGGUUUUAAAUUCAACUAAAGAACGUACAGCGAAAGCCUUUUUACAAGUUUCUCAAGAAUCCAUCGACGAAUUCAGAGGUAGAAUCCAGAGCAUUUUAAUGGGUGCUGGAUCAACCACUUUUACCAAAAUCGUGGGGAAGUGGAACACUGCACUAAUAGCACUUUUCACUUAUUUCAGAGAGGCAAUUGUAACAACCGAGCCCUUAUUAGAUCUAUUAGUUAAAUCUGAGACCAGAAUUCAAAAUAGAGUUAAACUUGGAUUGAAUUCCAAAAUGCCAACCAGAUUUCCUCCAGCUGUUUUCUAUACACCAAAAGAAUUAGGUGGUUUAGGAAUGUUAAGUGCUUCUCAUAUUUUGAUUCCGGCCUCUGAUUUAAGAUGGUCUAAACAGACAGAUACAGGAAUAACUCAUUUCAGAGCAGGUAUGUCACAUGAAGACGAAAAAAUGAUCCCAACUAUAUUCCGUUAUAUCACAACAUGGGAGAACGAAUUCUUAGAUUCGCAGAGAGUCUGGGCUGAUUAUGCUAUUAAAAGACAAGAAUCUAUUAAACAGAAUAGACGUUUAGCUUUCGAAGAGCUAGAAGGUUCUUGGGACAGAGGUAUACCACGUAUCAGCACCAUAUUCCAAAAAGAUAGACACACAUUAGCAUAUGACAAAGGCCACAGAAUUCGUCGACAAUUCAAAGAAUUCAGCGUGGAGCGGAGUAACGCGUUUUGGUGGACGAAUAAUCGCCAUGAUGGUAAGCUAUGGAAUCUAAACGCUUACAGGACUGACGUCAUUCAAGCUCUAGGGGGAAUUGAAACAAUUUUAGAGCACACACUUUUCAAAGGUACUGGGUUCCAAUCUUGGGAAGGUCUUUUCUGGGAAAAAGCCUCAGGUUUUGAAGACUCUAUGCAGUUUAAAAAACUUACCCAUGCUCAAAGAACCGGUUUAAGCCAAAUUCCAAAUCGUAGAUUCACAUUAUGGUGGUCACCAACAAUCAACAGAGCAAAUGUCUAUGUCGGUUUCUUAGUGCAACUAGAUUUAACUGGUAUUUUCUUACAUGGUAAAAUUCCCACAUUGAAAAUAUCUUUAAUUCAAAUAUUCAGAGCUCAUUUAUGGCAAAAAAUCCAUGAAAGUGUGGUGUUUGAUAUUUGUCAAAUUCUUGAUAGUCAAAUGGAUAUUCUACAAGUGGAAUCUGUGAACAAAGAAUCUAUUCAUCCUCGUAAGUCGUACAAAAUGAAUUCUUCUGCCGCAGACGUGACAAUGACAAGUGUUUAUAAGUGGAAAGUCAGCAGACCAACACUCUUGCACCAACAAAAGGAUUCAUUUGAUGCCACUACUACUGAUAAAAUGUGGAUAGAUGUUCAACUUCGUUACGGUGAUUAUGACUCCCAUGACAUUUCCAGAUAUGUCAGAGCUAAAUUUUUGGAUUAUACCACUGAUAAUGUCAGUAUGUACCCUUCUCCAACCGGUGUUAUGAUCGGUAUUGACUUGGCUUACAACAUAUAUGAUGCUUAUGGUACUUGGUUCGAAGGUUUAAAACCUUUAAUUCAUAAUGGUAUGAAAACAAUUAUGAAAGCCAACCCCGCUUUAUAUGUGCUCAGGGAAAGAAUCAGAAAAGGUCUUCAGAUAUAUCAGUCUCAGGUACAAGAACCAUUCUUGAACUCUUCAAAUUACGCUGAAUUAUUUUCUAAUGACACCAAGUUCUUCAUAGAUGAUACCAAUGUGUAUCGGGUUACAGUGCACAGAACUUAUGAAGGAAAUGUGGCUACAAAACCAAUCAAUGGAUGUGUUUUUAUAUUGAAUCCUAAGACAGGUGAGCUCUACUUGAAAAUCAUUCACACUUCUGUAUGGGCAGGCCAAAGUAGAUUAGCACAACUUGCUAAAUGGAAAACUGCCGAGGAAGUUAGUGCUUUGGUUAGGUCAUUGCCAAAGGAAGAUCAACCAAAACAAAUUAUUGUAACAAGAAAAGCCAUGAUGGAUCCAAUGGAGGUUCAUAUGUUAGAUUUCCCUAAUAUUUCUAUUCGUCCAACAGAAUUGCGUUUACCGUUCUCUUCAGUUUUAAGCGUAGAUAAGCUUAACGAUGUUGUUUCAAAAGCCACAGAACCUCAAAUGGUGUUAUUUAAUAUUUAUGAUGAUUGGUUGACUAGGGUUUCUGCAUAUACGGCAUUUUCAAGAUUAAUAUUGUUGUUAAGAGCUCUGAAAUCAAAUGAAGAAAAAGCUAGAAUGGUCCUACUUGAAGAUCCCACAAUACCAACGAAGUCCAACCACUUAUGGCCAUCGUUUACGGAUGAACAGUGGAUUUCUAUUGAAACCAAAAUGCGUGAUAUUAUUUUAACAGAGUAUGGUCAAAAAUAUCAUGUCAAUAUUGCUUCAUUAACUCAAACAGAAAUCAAAAAUUUGAUUCUUGGUCAAAAUAUUAGAGCUCCUUCUGUACAAAGACAAAAAAUGGCCGAGCUUGAGAGUGCCAAGAAACAGACAGAGGAAACAGACACAUCAACUGCAGCAUCUGCAAUGAAGAUCAAAACUGUUAAUGCGCAGGGAGAAGAAAUAACAGUCGUAUCGUCAAGCAAUUAUGAAACAAAGACAUUCUCCUCUAAGAAUGAAUGGAGAACGAGUGCAAUAUCGAACUCUUUAUUACACUUGAAAUUGAAAAACAUCUUCGUUGCUGCGGAAGAUUUUGUCGAUAAUAAAGACGUUUUUGUAUUCCCUCGUAAUUUGUUGAAGAAGUUCGUCACUAUAUCAGAUGUAAACAUUCAGGUGGCUGGUUACUUGUAUGGGAAGUCCUUAAAGGACCGCGAAAAUGUUAAAGAAAUUCGAACGAUAGUUCUUGUUCCUCAACUAGGUUCUUCAAUGCACGUAAGACUCUCUCCUCCACCUGUUAAGUCGAGGUAUCUAAAGGGUAUGGAAUUACUAGGUUGGAUUCAUACUCAGAAAAAUGAUUCAAAGUUUAUGUCUCCUUCUGAAGUGAUUUCACAUUCAAAAACAUUCUCAGAUCAUAACAAGAGUGCACUUGAUUUAAGUAUUAACUUGAUACCUGGUGCUGUUUCAAUAAUUGGUUACACCUUAAAAGAUGAUGGUUUCAAUUGGGGCCUACAGUCUCAAGGUAUUAUGGAUCCAUCCCCGGAAGGCUUCGAUCCUUCAUUUUCUGAUAAUGCUCAAAUUUUACUUUCCGAAAGGAUCAUGGGUAAUUUCUUGGUUCCAAAAUCUUCAUUAUGGAAUUAUGCGUUUAUGGGUACAUCAUUUAGCGAAGAAUUACCAUAUGAAUUGAAAUUGGAUAUACCAAUUGAGUUCUACAACGAAUUGCAUCGUGCACCUCACUUCAUUCAGUUUUCAGAAAUGGUUGGUGACAAUGAAUUAGAGGCAGAACAAGAAAGUGUUUUUGUAUAG